GGGGAAGCUGCCGCUCAGGGCGCGGGCCGGCGCCCGGGCGGCGGGGCUGUUUAAAGGCGCCGCACGCCGGCACGCCGUACCUUGUGCUGUGUGUGCCAGCGGGUGAGCGAGCGAGCGGAGCGACACCGGGAGCCAUCGCCUCCGACAGAUCUGCCACGAUGCCUGGGUCUCUUCCAGUGAAUGCUGAAUCCUGUUGGCCCAAAGAUGUUGGAAUUGUUGCACUGGAAAUAUAUUUUCCCUCUCAGUAUGUUGACCAGACAGAGCUGGAGAAGUAUGAUGGUGUGGAUGCUGGGAAGUACACCAUUGGGCUAGGCCAGUCAAAAAUGGGGUUCUGCUCCGACCGGGAGGAUAUCAAUUCUCUCUGUUUGACUGUGGUUCAGAAGCUCAUGGAGAGGAACAGCCUUUCCUAUGAUUGUAUCGGGAGGUUAGAAGUUGGAACGGAGACAAUAAUUGAUAAAUCAAAAUCUGUAAAGACUGUCCUGAUGCAGCUUUUUGAAGAAUCUGGUAAUACAGAUGUGGAAGGAAUUGACACCACCAAUGCAUGCUAUGGAGGCACUGCUGCUCUUUUUAAUGCUGUUAAUUGGAUUGAGUCCAGUUCUUGGGAUGGGCGCUACGCACUUGUUGUUGCUGGAGACAUAGCUGUGUAUGCCAGUGGAAAUGCCAGGCCAACAGGUGGAGCUGGUGCUGUUGCUAUGCUAGUUGGUCCAAAUGCUCCGUUAAUUUUUGAGAGAGGGUUACGUGGAACCCACAUGCAGCACGCGUAUGACUUCUAUAAACCAGAUAUGGUCUCUGAGUAUCCUGUAGUUGAUGGCAAACUAUCUAUACAGUGCUACCUCAGUGCAUUAGAUCGCUGCUACACUGUUUAUCGCAACAAAAUCCACGCCCAGUGGCAAAAAGAGGGGAUGGACAGACAUUUCACCUUGAAUGACUUUGGAUUCAUGAUCUUUCAUUCUCCCUACUGUAAAUUGGUACAGAAAUCUGUGGCUAGACUCUUGCUGAAUGACUUUCUCAGUGACCAGAACCCAGAAACAGCAAACACUGUUUUCAGUGGUCUGGAAGCCUUCAGGGAUGUAAAACUUGAAGAUACGUAUUUUGACAGAGAUGUGGAAAAAGCUUUUAUGAAAGCUAGUGCAGAGCUCUUCAACCAGAAAACCAAAGCUUCGUUACUCGUAUCCAAUCAGAAUGGGAAUAUGUAUACCCCUUCAGUCUAUGGUUGCCUUGCCUCGCUUCUAGCCCAGUACUCCCCAGAGCAGCUUGCAGGACAAAGGAUUGGUGUGUUCUCAUAUGGCUCUGGUUUUGCUGCUACGCUGUAUUCCAUCAGAGUUUCACAGGAUGCCACUCCCGGUUCUGCAUUGGACAAAAUAACUGCCAGCCUUUCUGAUCUCAAGAUAAGACUUGACUCAAGAAAAUGUAUUGCUCCUGAUGUCUUUGCUGAAAACAUGAAGAUUAGACAGGAAACACAUCAUUUGGCCAACUAUAUCCCACAGUGUUCAGUAGAAGAUCUGUUUGAGGGAACAUGGUACCUUGUGCGUGUGGAUGAAAAACACAGGAGAACUUACGCGCGGCGCCCACUCAUGGGUGAUGGACCAUUGGAAGCAGGAGUUGAAGUUGUCCACCCAGGCAUUGUUCAUGAGCACAUCCCAAGCCCUGCUAAGAAAGUGCCAAGAAUCCCUGCAACAACAGAAUCUGAAGGCGUUACUGUUACUGUUUCCAAUGGGGAGCACUGAGAUACCUCUGUGAGGAAAGGAGUGACUGAUCCUGUUUUGAAAUGGCUGGAGGGAAGAAACGAAGCCUUGUUAAUGGCUGCCUACAGCAGCUCAAAGCAGACAGGAGAACGUUAAAGGGAUCGUUCCACCCACGAGGUGUUCCCAGUCCAGUCUCCUCCAAAAAGCUGUCAACAGAGAGGCAGUAACUCCAGGUGGAUGAGAAAGCUCUCUCGGAUGCUUUUAAGACAGCUCUUGAUCUGUUUUGCUCCUCAGAAAUGUGAGCCUGAAAUCUUGGUAACAGUUAACCUGCUAGGUAAAAACCAAAAGAUACAUUGAUGAGUAGUGAGGGGCAACAUGCCUGGGGAGGAAAAGGAACUUACCAUGUGCUUCACAGCAGACAGAAUCUGGGAGAAGAUUAUUUUACACUCUGUUUCUAGCAGCUUCCCUUCUGUACUGAUUUUAGUGAAGAGCUCCCCACCUCCUGCAUACUCCAUCACAAGAUGCAGUUUUGAGAGUGUCUCCACCACUUCAUACAGUCUGAUGAUAUUUGGGUGGUGCAGUUUUUCCAUGUUGGAUAUCUCACGAGAUAGCAAACGUUGAGUCUUCCGGUCCAGCUUUGUCUUGUCCAAAAUCUUAAUUGCAACUUUCUCUGAAAAGAAAAAGACUUUUCCAUGUUGUUAAUGCAAUAGGUACAAAUGAUGAUACUACUUACAACAAUGCUUGGUUAGAGUAGGGCAAUAAAAUUUCACCUCUGAUCAGUGCAAGCUAAGCUGCAGAGGCCUACUAAGCCCUGCAGUCUUUCACACACCCCUGUGUCCCUUUCCAUCUACAGCAUAAAGGCUGCUCGAGUUAUUGCAAGAGCUAAUGGCCUGCUGUCUUAGUGUGCUCUGUUGCCACCAGGCUAGUACCUGUCUGAUGGCAACAGUUAAAGCAGCUGCUUUUGGUGUGUAAUGCUGGUAAAGUCUGCACUUCCCUUGCUAACUCAGUGCUCUUCAGGUGGGCUAGGUCUGAGCCUGGUGAGUCUGGUACUUGCAGACUGAUGGAGGUGUUAAGAUUAGGUGCUUUGUUUCAGAGCAGAUAGACAAACUGGGGGUAACUUAGGGGCUCUGGCUGUAGUCCUGCAAGUAGGGUGAAUAAAUGCAUCACAGUUGCCUUUACAUUUCUGUAUUAAUUGGCAGGUUAUGGCUUUUCUCUUCACUCUAAGCAAUACAGCUGGUAUUUGAAGGAUUAGUCUGGUUAAAUUAGGUUUAUGGUGGCUUUGUAUAACUAGUCAGGACAGUAAAACUGGAUCAUGGCAAUAAAAACAACUGUUUAUUCCUGGGAAGGUUUUGUUUUUCCCCCAAGAAUAUCUUAGUCAAACAUCCCGAGUGUUUGACUUUUAUCAUUUUUAUUGAAUCUUUCAGAAAAAAACUUCACUUCGGUUUCUAGUACAUGGGAGUAAAUGGAAAAGUAUUGUUUACUUGUUGCAUAAGAGAAGAGCGAGAAGGCUAUUAUAUUUGUACAUGUGUUCCGGUAUAAAAGGAUUUAAAAUGUUUUUACUUAAUAUUACAAAGGUAUUUAACUUGAGUUUAGCAUGUCAACAUACCUAAAGGAAGUGUUAAGCAUAUGUGUGCAUAUAUCUGUACAGACCAAGAAAACUCCAUGUUUAGUAUAUUUACCUUAAUAACAUACAUAAGUUGAUUUCCCUACUGAAAUGCAGCAGAUAUUCCAAGCAAAUGUGAUUCUUGUGGAAGGUGCUGAAUUAUCCCUUGACGUGCCUAUUUUCAGAAGGAGCCCGUGCUGAGUAUAGGGCAGUCUUCCCCACACUGCUUCUCUCUGACCUGUUUUGUACUUCCUAGCAAGCCCCUUAGGAACGCGGGAACCCACUCUGGCGUGGUGUGGAUGGUGGCAUGGUGGAUCGGGAGGAAAUGUAGCUAUUGCAUGGUAACAGCAUGUGACACUGAUCGGUGGCAGAGCUCUCACUGCUGGCCUGGGCAUGAAAGACUAAAACCCUUGUCAUGUCGGUAGCAUAUUGAUCACCUAAACCAAGAGCAAAGAGCAUCAGCUCGCAGUAGGUAACAUUUGCACAACUAAAUAUUUAGAUAUUGCAGGGAUAACAAUUGUUACAACGUUAACUAUGUAAUUGCAUCAUUACAUCUUAAUUUAUAGAAGUUGGGGGCAUUUGGGCUUUAAAAAAAAAAAUCUAGGUUAAAUUCCUUCCCUUUCCUUUUGCUGGACUUCAGUAUUCCUCCUGGUUGGUUCUUCUGCAAAGUUUUAAAGGAAAGAGGGGAAAAUAUUGCAAAUGGUUUAGCACUGAACCAUAAAUCAGGACUGAGCUUUAAAUCUACAUCACUGCAGUUGCAUAUGUGUGAUAUGCAAAGAAAACCAGCCCACCUGAAGUGUGAUAAACCUGACACUCUCCUUUUCUUUUUUUAAACUUGUUUCCCUCUGCUUCCAAAAAAUGCUUGGUUUAUAGAUCCUGUACUAAACUUGCAUGGCAGCAGUGCUGAACAGGAGAGCAUUUUUAGCAGACAGCUCAUUUACUAAAAUAUUUAAACUGAGUCAUGUGGGAUUUUGAUUGACUAUAUGCAGUGUAUGCAGAGGUUUGGGGAAAAACUAGCAGAAAUCUUUAUAAGAGAAGUCAGAAGGUUGAGAAGUCAUUUCAGGAAGAAGUGGUGUAUGCUAUGAUGGCAAAAGGAACAAAAUGCAAAUGGAACCAAGUUAAAAAGGCUUAAAAAAAAAAAGAUGUCUGAAUACUUCUGCCUUUGCCAUUGAUGUUUCGUGUUAGGCUGGCUUUUUACUAGCUGUAAAUUUUGGAUGCUCUUAGUUGCAUCUAUUCAGCUCUGCUCUCACGCUACAUUUGUCAGCUGGCAGGUAUGUAAAAUAAAGGUUACAAAGUGCUUAGGA